GCCCUUUUUCAAAAGAUAAAAUACUAUUUUGGUCAUUUUAGUUUUUGAGUGCUAUUUUUGUGAUAUAAACUUAGAAAUGUGCUAUUUUGGAGAUUUGCCCUUUAUACAAUGCACUUAUAUUCCUGGGAGAAAGGUGAAUAGGUGAUUCAUUGAUCGAUCGACUAACCCCUCCAGAUAAAAUACGUUUUGCAGAGAAUCCAACCAACUUAUAGCAGCUGACGUGAUCUCUCUCUUGUAAUUGGUGCCAGUCCAACGUAACCGACGUUCUUCCCUAUGGUUAAUAAGUUUUGGCCUUGCGGGUGGUAUUGUUUGUAGAAACCAGCACCAGUUACAAGCCUUAGGUAGUUGGUGAUGUAUGACUUUUUAAUAGACUUUUUUUUUUGCAAUGUUUUGUUUUACAUUUGUGAUUAGUUUAGUUGUUGGCCAGCCUAAUUUUAUUCCCGAACUUCAUAAAGCUAAAGAAAGUAGAGAAUCAAACUAAUAAAAUGGCUGAUGCCGUUGACUAGAUUCUACAUAAGUCGACCUUUGACUCCUUGUCUCUAUAUAUAUAAGUAUUUUGUUUUAAUUACGAUCAAGAAAUUAACGAUUCUGUAGAAAUACGGGCAUAAUUUAAGAGAGAUUAUGUCAAGAAUUAAAUGCUAUGUGUUUAUUAUACGUCGUGUUCUUAGUACGUUGCCGACCUAAAUUAGUGGUUCACCAGAUGGUCAAACAAACCUAAAGAAGGGGUAAUGAUUUAUCUAUACACCACACGAUAACAUAUGCUAUAGUAUUGAUACAACAAUCGAAUCUCAGAACAUUAAAAAAGAAAAUACGUUGAUAAACGAGACUAAUAACUAUUUUGCAGAAGACAUUAAUUACGAAUCAGAGAUGGUUAAAAGAGUAGUUAACUUAAUAGAUUUGUUUUGUUGGAUUAGAUUAGAAAAAGAACAGAAUAUCAAAUGGACAGAACACGGAUUCUAUCUAUCCGUUACAUUCCAGAGUAUUUGACUUUACUCGAAACCUUUCGCUGUAAUAAAAAACUUUCUUAUAGAGAGAGAGAAACAAAAAAGAGAUUACGCGUUGUUCUUCUUCUUCUUCUUCGUCCUUCUCCUCUCUUUCCCAGAAAGUAUUGUCCUUUUCACUUUCUUCUCCUCUGACUUUGUUCUUUCUAUUUAUAUAUAUAUAUUACAUAAACCUUUGUGGGUUUUUUCCCAAUCUGGGCUAAAAAUAACGGAGACAGAAUCAAUGGCCACCGCGGCUAUAUUCUCAUCUCUGCGGCGGAGGAGAUCCCCAUCACUAGAAGCCUUUUUAGCCCCCUUUGACCUCUCCGGCAUCGCUCUCGUGAAAACCCUAGCUUCCAUCUCCUCAGAGGUCGUCUCUUCUUUCGCCGCCACACGGUUCUCGUUCCAACGCAGGAACGCUCGUGCCCUGCUUCGUAAGAUCGAGAUCUUCGUCGUGUUAUUCGAGUUCCUCGCUGAGACACGCUCUCCCUCUUCUUCAACAACAGCGUUGCUGUGUCUGAAGGAGUUUUAUCUUCUCAUCUACAGGUCCAAGAUCCUCCUCGAGUACGUCGCUCAAUCCAGUAAGUUGUGGCUGUUAUUACAAAACCCUUCGAUCUCCGGCUACUUCCAUGACUUGAACCAAGAGAUUUCGACUCUUCUUGAUGUCUUCCCUGUCAACGAGCUCAACCUCUCCGACGACAUCAGAGAGCAUAUCAAGCUGUUACAAAACCAAUCCUUGAAAUCAAGAUUGUACAUCGAUAACAACGACGAGUCCUUACGCGAAACAUUCUACUCCUUUCUCGAAUCCUUCGAGAACGGUGAGAUUCCGAGCCCAACCGCUCUAAAAACCUUCUUCGUAGAGAGGUUAGCGUUUAAGGAUUCUAAUUCUUACAGAAACGAAAUCGAGUUCUUGGAAGAACAGAUUGUGAAUCACGACGGAGACUUAGAGCCUGCGAGUUCAGUUAUCAACGGUUUCGUAGCGAUCGCACGUUACUCUAGGUUUCUGUUAUUCGGUUUCGAAGAAGAUGGAGUAGAGUGGAGAAUCGAGAAUAAUCAUCCGAAGGUUGGAGAGGACACGAUCGUAACUUCAGUUCCGAAAGAUUUCGUUUGUCCGAUCUCUCUCGACCUGAUGACAGAUCCUGUGAUUGUUUCCACAGGUCAGACUUACGACCGAACCUCCAUCGCUAGGUGGAUCGAAGAAGGACACUGUACUUGUCCCAAAACAGGACAAACUCUUAUGGACUCUCGCAUCGUCCCCAAUCGAGCUCUCAAGAACUUGAUCGUCCAAUGGUGUACAGCGAGUGGUGUAGCUAUUGAGUCUGAGUUUGUUACAGAUUCGGUUGUGUCGGCUCUCCCGACGAAAGCUGCGGUUGAAGCUAACAAAGCUACUGUUUCGAUACUCGUCAAGUUUCUAGCAGACGGAUCGUCUGAAGCGGGGCAAACAAUCGCGGCGAGGGAGAUUCGUCUUCUGGCGAAAACCGGGAAGGAUAACCGAUCUUUCAUCGCGGAAGCAGGUGCGAUACCGCACCUGCGCCGCCUUCUCAAGUCGGAGAACGCUAUAGCGCAGGAGAACUCUGUGACAGCCAUGCUUAACCUCUCGAUAUACGAGAAGAACAAGAGUCUGAUCAUGGAGGAGGACGAUUGUUUGGAGUGUAUAGUAAACGUUCUCGUCUCCGGUCUCACAGUGGAAGCGCAGGAGAACGCAGCGGCCACAUUGUUCAGUCUCUCCGCAGUACACGAGUACAAGAAACGCAUAGCGUUUACUGACCAUUGCGUCGAGGCGUUAUCCUCGCUGCUUCGAAACGGGACGCCGAGAGGGAAGAAAGACGCGGUGACAGCGUUAUACAACUUAUCAACACACCCUGAUAACUGCGGUAGAAUGAUCGAAGGAGGAGGCGUGACGAGCCUCGUCGGAGCGCUCAAGAACGACGUCGUUUCCGAGGAGGCGGCGGGAGCAUUGGCUUUGUUGGUGAGACAGUCUCUUGGAGCCGAGGCUAUAGGGAGAGAGGAAGGGGCCGUGACGGGGCUCAUGGGGAUGAUGAGAUGCGGGACGGCUAGAGGGAAAGAGAACGCGGUGGCUGCGUUGCUUGAGCUUUGUAGAAGCGGUGGAGCCGCGGCGGCGGAGAAAGUGUUGAGAGCACCGGCCAUUGCGGGGUUGCUGCAGACGCUUUUGUUCACCGGGACGAAGAGGGCUAGAAGGAAAGCUGCUUCGCUUGCUCGGGUUUUCCAGAGGCGGGAGCAUGCGGCGAUGAGGUCAGGCGGGUAUGGGUUUGUAGGGAAUGUGAACGAGAAUAGGGACGGCGGGAAUUUUACGACGGAUGUCUCUGUUCCGAUGUCAAUCUCUGUACCUGUAUUGUGAUCUAUGUGUUCAUUGAUUGUUUAUAUUAUAAUACAUUUAUUUGGUUGGGAGGUAUAAUAAUAAUACAAAGUAAAGUUUUAGAGAAGAUUUGUCAUAUGUGUAUGUGUAUCUUCCAGAGGAAAAAGAAAAAGAGUUUAGUGUAUUAUGGUCUUGAUGUGUAUUGUAUUUGUUGUGAAACCUAUUGCAUUGUGUUCUGUUAAUUA